AAAAGGAAGGAUGAAGAUGAAGACAAAAGAGAAGUGGAAUUUCCGCGAGUGGUUUUGUUCCGUUGCUCAAGUCUUCCGCCACAUUGGGAUCAAGAUCAAUCGGAAUUGCUCUAUGAACUCCUGGAGCACGAGCGUAAAAUGGAGCGUUAA